GCUGACUUUACAUCUGGAUAGUAAUGUCUGUUCCCGAAGUACCGAGACAGAGUUUGUGAAAACACGUGUUGUCGACUUAUACAACGAGGCCCCUUACUCGCACGACCCAGUUGAACGAUUCGCAAGUCUUACCGGAACCAAGAGGAAUUUUGGUACCGAGCUGCCACCAAUAGACAUGGAUGAAAAGAUAGAGACGUUUCGCAGGGUCAAGUUUCUUCACCCAAUGCAUCCAUUAUCAAAUGACAAGGGCUGCUAUGACCCAAAGCUAAACCCUGCAGUCGCACACGCAUUUCCGGGCCUUGCAGCCCUUUCUCCUGUAGAAGGAACACAUUACGAGAACCCAGUCGAAGAUGCCAGGGAACAUCUCGAGACUUCCGUCAAACUAGACAGUUCGAUCCCCAAGAAUUGGUAUCUGUUGAGUCGAGUGUGUAUGAUGGCAAAAGACUACGAAAGGGCUUACGAAUGUCUUCAAGCCGCGAUAUCUCUCGAGAGCUGCUGUCCCUCGUUCUGGAUCACACUUGGCAUUCUAUACUUUAAUAUCGGUCAAAGUCGAGAUUGCCUCGAUGCCCUGACUAGAGCUGUUGAGCUGAGUGCCCAUAUCUGGGAGCCUUGGUACAAUAUCGGCGUUUUGUACGACAGCUGUAAUAGUCAGCAUUCAGACGCGGCCGAUGCCUUUUAUAAAUGCCUUGAGCGGAAGCCAGAGUUGCCUAACGUCCGUGCACGGCUUGAGGCUCACCAAAGCCUAUACUGAGGAUAUGAACGACGAGCUUUUAGGUGGUACUUUGAUAUACGAAAUGGUCGACUCACCACUGGAUGGCAAUUCCGGAUGGUAGAGAUACUCAGGGCACAGACACUAUUUCUAGUCUGGCGUCUGUGACUUGGUGGCAAGCAGGACCUUGAGGGUGAAACAGAUAAAGGCAGCGUUGAAAAUGAGUAAUAAAAGCAUUUUGGAGCA